UCUCAGUCAAAUGGAGUACAAUGAACACAGCUAUCGAGCCUGGAUCGGUCUGUACGAUGACACUGACAGCUGGCAGUGGUCACUGUCAAACCAAAGUUUCUACAGUCCCGGGGAGAGUGACUUCAGGAAGUGGGCUCUGGAACAACCAGAUAAUACAGGAGGCAGGGAACACUGCACACUGAUGUUUGAUGACGGAGGAUGGAGCGAUGCUCCAUGUGAGAACCACUACACACCUGUCUGCUGUGAUGUCACAGGUUUUAGUGUGACGUUUGUCCUCGUUCCCACCGCCAUGAUGUGGUCCGAGGCCCAGAGCUACUGCAGAGAGCACCAUACAGACCUGGCCAGUGUGAGGAACAUCGAGGAGAACCAGAGGAUAAAGGAUCUGGUUCCCUCAGGACAGAUCGUCUGGAUCGGCCUCAGCAGAGACUCCUGGCUGUGGCUGGAUGGGAGCGACUCCUCGUUUCGCUUCUGGAGCCCGGGGAUAGCAGAACCCAACAACCUUUCUGCAGACGAGACGUGUGCUGCAGCAGAUUUUAGUAACAAUGCCGAAUGGGAGGACUGGGCCUGCAGCUGGAGACGAGCAUACAUCUGCUUCGAUCUAGGGAUAACGAAGCACGUGAUCAAGCUGAGUGUGCAGAAGACGAACCCCUCUGUGGAUCUCAACCACCCCGCUGUGAUGGCAGAGAUCUUAAAGCAGCUUGUAGAGAAGUUGAAGGACAACGGGGUGCAUGAAAACAUCAGACUGAGCUGGAGGAAACAGCCAGAUGGAAGCAUCUUCCAGAAACAGAAGAACGGCCUGGAGAUGGACGUUAAAUGUUAAAUCCCUGCUGUUACAUUUAGGGAAGAACGUCUCUCUCCUGAAUGCUCGGGUCUGAAUGAAGCAUCUUUGGGUCCC